UGUGCGUACUACGUCACCACGUUAACCCUGAAGCGGAAGUGAACACGUGGGGUUCACGGGAAUCACCGAGCACGCAUGUUGGGAGGCCACAACUCUUUCUCAGUUACAGAACUCAGUGUGUUUCCUCCAUCAUGGCUGUGAGAGCAUCAUUUGAGAAAAACAACGAGAUCGGCUGCUUCGCCAAACUCACCAACUCUUACUGCCUGGUGGCUGUCGGCGGCUCAGAGAACUUCUACAGUGUGUUUGAAGGGGAGUUGUCAGAAACCAUCCCAGUGGUUCACGCUUCCAUCGCAGGCUGUCGCAUCAUCGGGAGGAUGUGUGUGGGUAACCGUCACGGUCUGAUGGUUCCCAACAACACGACAGACCAGGAGCUGCAGCACAUCAGAAACUGUCUGCCGGACUCGGUGAGGAUCCAGAGAGUGGAGGAGAGGCUGUCGGCGCUCGGCAACGUCAUCGCCUGCAACGACUACGUAGCGCUCGUCCACCCCGACCUGGACAGGGAGACAGAGGAGAUGCUCGCAGACACUCUGAAGGUGGAGGUUUUCCGUCAGACGGUAGCAGAGCAAGUCCUGGUCGGUUCCUACUGCGCGUUCAGCAACCAGGGAGGCCUCGUCCACCCGAAGACGUCUAUAGAAGACCAGGACGAGCUGUCGUCUCUGCUACAAGUUCCCCUCGUGGCCGGCACAGUGAACCGGGGCAGUGAGGUGAUCGCGGCGGGGAUGGUGGUCAACGACUGGUGCGCGUUCUGCGGGCUGGACACCACCAGCACGGAGCUGUCCGUCAUCGAGAGCGUCUUCAGACUGAGCGACACGGCGCAGCCCUCCGCCAUCGCCACCAGCAUGAGAGACUCGCUGAUCGACAGCAUGGCAUAAACCACCGUCUGCCGUCUCCUCCUCCUCCUCCUGCUGCUGCUGCUGCUGCCGGUUGUCCUUCGUCUCAACAAGCCGCCGGACCUCGAUUCUCAACUUCAAACACCUCCUUCCUCACAGUUCACUUCACCCUCACACAGCUCCCACCUGCAGCCUUAUACUACACUCAUCCUUUUCUACCUUUUUUAAAACAUUUGGUUUAAUCUUUCUAAAAGCCUUUUUUCCCCUCUGGUGACUUCUGUAAAAUCAUCAGUCGGUUACAAAUCUGAUGAGUUAGCUGGAGGGAAAACGGUGCGGAAAUAUUGAAAGAAACAGAUUUAACUUUUGAACUUUUUCUCGGUUUGGAUAUAUAAAAAGUGACCAAGGCUGUGCUAAAAUGAAUAAAUUCAAAUGUGUUUAUGUGCCUGUAUCUAAACUCAAUUUUGUAGGAGCCUGGAUGUAAUUCUUAUAAACCCUGAUAGGAAACUGUCGGUAGCUUCGACAGACUCGCCUCCCUGAAGACGUAUCUCAGCAGUUUGUUGCUUUAGUCACUUAAAGUCAGUCAGGAAACAUGUUUUUUGCCUGCAGCUGUUAAGAGUUUCCCAUCGACUUCAUCCCGAAGCCGCCAGCUGCGUCACCACAUUACAACGUUUUUUUCUGAUGCUUGAAGACUUCAGACAUUAUUGAAGGUUUACGAGUGAUACUUUUGUCUGAAGCAGAACUAAUAACAAGUGUAAACAAUGCAGUUAGAUAAAUAUACGCAGGUAGAGUUUGAUUUCAGUGUCUGUGAUGUUAAAAGUCUGAAGAGAAGAACGUCAACAGAUCAAAGUUUUCUAUUCAGACUCUUAAAUGAGAUUCAGAUCGUGCAACAUGGACUCCGGAUAGUUUAACUUCAGUCUGUAACAAAUCAAGGCCGCAUCUAAACAUGGAUGAUGUUUCUGAACAAACAAUACUUCAUGUCUGUCUUGUAAAAUAAAAUGAAUCACCCUCUUUUUA